CACAUCAGCAAUACAAAACCCGGAAGGUGAAAACCCUUUCUGACGUUGCCCCCCUUCGCCAUAUAUAUCUACAGAACCCUGUGUAUACAUACACUCGUAUACUUAAAGCGGUGAUACUUGUACGUGCAUAUGUCCAUGUGAGUGAUGAUCUGAGAAGAAAAUUUAAGCCAUGUCGAUUCGGUUCAAAUUCAGGAGCUCGUUGAAUUUUGAUACGGUGGAGAUUGGAGACCGCCCCUCAAUUCCCUUGGGAGAGCUACGGGCGAAAAUCUUGCGUGGAAAAGUUACUCAACAACAACAGCAAGGGUUUGAUCUCGUUUUCUCAGAUGCGGUUUCCGGUUUAGAGUACAAGGGCGAUGAUUCUCAAAUUCCAAGUGGAUCCAGCGUAAUAGUGAAAAGAGUUCCUUGUGGAAAUCCCCCCUCCGAUUUGUUACCCAUUCAAGCUGUAAAGGAAGUUAGGAUGAAAGAGUCCCCUAAUCUGAAUCCAGGGAAUGGACCAAGUGAUGAAUUUUAUGACUUCGGUGCUGAUUUAUGUUCCAUGCCUGAUCCAAACUUCCCUGACUUCAACCUGGGAAUUGAUGAGAAUAACUUCACUGGUAACAAGGAGGAAGAAGUUGCUGGUUCGAGGUUAGACUGUCACAAGCGUGACUUAAAUGGCCUUAGUCAAGCAAUACCAAGAGGUGUUAAUCAAUCUGGAAACGAGAGAAAUACUUUACCGAGAGUUCAGGAGCAGAUGAAGUUAAACAAGCUGCCAACAUCCAAUUUUCUGGCUUUGCAAAGUACUAACUUGCCAUUGGAACUGAAAUGCGCUCUGUGCACAACUUUCUUCAAGGAGGCUGUGAUGAUACCAUGUUGCCAGCAUAGCUUUUGUGAGAAGUGUAUUCGGCAAGAGCUCACUGAAAAUGGGAGGUGCCCAAAGUGCUUUUCUAGCAAAUGUAACAUAGAUAAUUUGCUACCUAAUCUGUCACUGCGUCAAGCAAUUGAGCAUUUCCUUGAAUCUCAGAUGCUUGAGACUGACUUGGAGAAAGCAAUGCAGAAAUAUGUGCCAGAUGGUGAAUCUGGAAUUCAUGGUAAGGAUGUUUCUUGUGCUUUUACUGUUGUCCCAAGAGAGCUGGAAUUGCCUCAGUCAUCUUGUGCAACUGGUAAAGGAUCCAAUCAAGUUUUUAUAGAAGCAUUCUAUGAGCAACAACAUCAAAGAAAUGUACCAUAUGGGAACCCUGGUAAUAGAGGAUUUCAGGGUGAAAAUCAACCUGUUAUGCCUGAAGCUACUAAUGUUCAGGAUGAAGCUGAUUCUAACACCACAAGAAAAGGAGGGUUUUGGAUGGACUCUGGAGGUGAUAGAAAUUUAUGCGGUCUUGGUGGACACAGAAAGGGGCCUCGUAACUGCUACACAUGUGGUUCUCCUGACCAUCUCAUGAGAGACUGCCCUAUUUCCAAUCCAAAUCCAGUGUUUCAACCAGGAAAUGGAGCGUUUCAUGGAGGCAUGCCAGGCUAUGCACCACCAUACUGGAAUGCCUCUUCAUUGCCUCCCUUUAGACCGUAUGCAAAUAUGUAUAAUAACCCUGCGAUGAUGCCCUUCAAUGCAUCUAUGGUCCCAGUUUCACAUUUUGCUGUUCCUUCCUACAUUCCUUCCAUGUGCAGCCGUCUGCCUGGCCCUGGUGGGAAUAUGAGAAUGGGCAAUAUGGGACCCCCUCGCCAUCCUGAUCACAUUGUGCUUCAACAUUGUGAAAAUAAAAGGAAGCAUUCAACUGAAAAUCAAGAAAGAGAACAAUUUUCUGAGGAAGAGGAUGAUUCGCCAGAAUACUAUCGGCUCAAAAGUCCGGAAAAAUCACAUGAUUAUAAAUCACACAAAGACAAGGAACGGAGCUUGAGUCACUCUGGUGAUAACUCAGCCCGAAGACUGGGGAGGAAAACUCAGCAUGACAAGUAUAUGCAUUCUGAUGCCCGCUAUGUUGAUGAGAGACAUGAGAAGGGUUCCCGCUCAUCUUUUGAUGGAAGAGACAAGAGGCCAAGUCAUGUUGAGAGGUCAAAUUCGGGCAAUGAAGAUCUGCCCAUAAGCUCUGACCGGCAUAGUGAUGGGAUCCACAAGCAUCAUCAUGGAGUGUCAAAGAAGUACCAUGAGAGAAGGGGACAUGUUGACAGUGAUUCAAGUUUGGGUCGUAAGUCGACCCUAAAAGAUGUUAAAAGAGUUGAGUCUGAUGUCAGAGGUUCUGAUAAAAAUCGUAGGAGUUAUCCAGAGCCUGGUUUUGAGCCUAGCUCACCUGUUGACCGGAGGGUUGGACAUAAAGAGAGGGAUACAGGCCAUGAUUCUAGACAUGCCAAGCAUAGCACAAAGCACCCAAGAGAACAAAAGCAUGAUGAUAGGUGGCAGAUGAUCAAUGGCGCUGGUGAGGACCGCAAAGAUGAAUAUCGUUACCAUAAGCGAAGAGCACAUUGAAACAAGUUCGUGGCAUGAAUUUUGAGGUAAAACUGUACAUGAAGUUGCGAUGAAUGGAUUUACUGAUCCAUCUGCUACCGUUUGAAUAGGUACUUGGUAUCAACUUGUAGUUAUAGCUGUAUCUUAGUCAUGUCGAGAGUCUUUUAUACUUAAAGGUUGAUACUACAUAUUUUAAUACAUUUAGGCUGAAGGCAGCUCUAACUUAGAAAUUACUACAGAAAUUUUAGAUUGGUUUACCUAUUAGAAUUAACACCAUCUGGUAUAAUAUCUUUUGUUGAUUAA